GAUAUUUAUGAUUGUGCUAAGUUUCCUUGUAAGAAUGGCGGUACUUGUAAAAAUACUCCUGGGAGUUACCAGUGCACGUGUAAACUUGGUUAUACAGGCAAGAACUGCGAGACAGGUAAGCUGGUUUUAAGUGUAGGAAGUAAUCUUUUGGCAACAUGGACGCGUUUAUUUUUCGAAAGACACUGAAGCAGAAAAAUCUCAAAUUAUUAUCAUUAUAAUUCGCGUUGUUACUUACUCGUGAUUAUUAUAUUGAUGAAUGCGUUGGAUCUCCAUGCAAAAACGGUGCUACUUGUCGAAAUAUUCCCGGAAGUCACAAAUGUAUUUGUAAAGCAGGAUUUAAAGGAAAAGAAUGCGGAAAAGUGAACUUCAAGAAAACCAUGAGCAAUUUUUGGCUUCUCUAUGGUAUAAAACAAAUAGAUUCUGAUUCCGAGGGUCUGUAUAGUAACAAAUAACAAAUAGUAUCAUUAUCAUUAUAUACCAACGGAAUUAUUCUUCCCGCUGUUACUUAAUCGUCUUUAUUAUUUUUCCUUUACUGUUAUAAUUAUUAUUUGCGUUCUUACUAACUUGUGAUUUUGCCUUUAGAUAUCGAUGAAUGUGUUGGAUCUCCCUGCAAAAACGGUGCUACUUGUCAGAAUAUUCCCGGAAGUCACAAAUGUAACUGUAAACCCGGAUUUACAGGCAGAGACUGCGGAAAAGGUGAACUUCACCAAAAUGGUCAUUUAUUGUCCACGAGCUAUUUGCUCCAUUUUUUUAGAAUGAUACUUACUUUGCAACCUCAGAAUUAGUAAAGGGUGCUUACUUUCAGCACUUCUCUAGACAUUGGGCGAAGGAUGUGGUAGGGGACUUGUUCUUCUAAAUUAUGUCAUUGCCUAAAGGACUGAUUACUUAAAACAUUUGAUAAUGUCACAGUUAAAAAAAAUGCGCUUUUUUGGUUUCUCUAUUGUAUGAAACAAAUAGAUUCUGCGUCCGAGGGUCUGUCUAGUAAAGUAACAAAUAAUAAAUACGUCACAAUGUGGCUAUAACAAUAGUGACACAUACUAGCUGAACCUUGUUUUUUAUUGUUUCCACAUUUAGAUACCAUCCGUGAUCUAUAACAGACGCACGCUAGCAUUGAAUCUAUUUGUCAACUAAAUUUAUAGUAAAGUUCGGAUAUAACGCGCGCUGUCAUUAGUUGAAACAGCGUGCUCUAUCAGAGUACAGAACCUAGAGAAAGAGAGCUAAAGCCAUCACGCCGUCUGCCAAAUCGUACUAUGCCGACCAUUUCCUGGACUUCCUUCUAGCUUUUUUUCAUUCAUUGAAAGUGAAAUAUCGAAACAAGCAAGUUUUUGAGUUUUCGUGGACUCGAGAGAUAACCCUAUCAGUAGCCUCUCAUAGAUAUUUUUGUGAUUCCCCUAUAUUAAAUUCUAUCGCCAAAAAAAGGUAAAAUAUUGUAAUUUAUAGGAAGAGGUACUUUUUACUUUAAUCAAGAAAAUUUAUAUCAAUUUGUACUUUCAUAUUUAGAUAUUAACGAGUGUGCUGGAUCUCCUUGUAAAAACGGCGCUAAAUGUCUAAAUAUUCCGGGGAGAUACCUGUGCAGUUGUAAAGCAGGUUUUACAGGAAGGAACUGCGACACAGGUUAGCAAGCCCGCUCUCUUUUUAAUUGCACUACCUUUCUACAAUCUAUCUAUCCAUUUAGAAUUAUGAACUUUUUGCAAUAUCUCUGGAAGGAGUUGAUUUUAUUAAUUUUGCAUUUAGAAACAUAUUUGAUAAGUGUCCUGGAUUGUUUUGAGGAAAAAAUUAACGUGGAGUUAAUAUUGAAUUUCUAGACGAUCUGAAAUUCUUGCUACAUCCAAAUUAAGAUCACGAUAUUAUCCGUGGGCUAUUUGCUCCUCAUUUUGAAAUUACUUACCACACAAAUGAUACUUACUUUACAAUCUCAGCAAUAUGAAUGGAGGCUUACUACUAUCAGCACUGCUCUAGACAUUGGGCGAAGCCAUAAAAUGAUGUGGUGGGGUGGGCGAGUUCUUUUAAGUUAUGUCAUUGCCUUAAGGACCGAUUAAUUACAAUAUUAAGUCAUAUUUGGAAUGAUUAAAAAAAAUUUGCAGUUUUUUGCUUCUCUAUUGUAUAAAACAAAUAAAUUCUGUAUCCGAUGCUAUGUAUAUUACUAAGUAACAAGAACGUCGCAAUGUGGUUCAUUUCUCUUACUAGAACCUUUUUCCUUAAAAAGCGCCGUUAAAAUUUGUACUUCCGUUAUCUUGUAUUGAUUGUACCGUUCUUAAAUGAUAGUCAUGUGAACUUCGAUAAUACACUAUGUGUUCCUUGCUGAAAAUCGGAAAGAGGUCUUGAAUAGUUGCUAUUAGAUCUCUGAAACUAGAAAGUCCUCUAGUGUCUUUAUCUAAAAUUAGUUAUUUGGUUUCGUAUUCUAUAUACAGAUAUAGACGAGUGUGCUAAGUCUCCGUGUCAAAAUGAUGCCUGGUGUCAAAAUCUUCUUGGAAGUUACCGACUAUUUUUCUCCAUUCUAUCCAUUUAGAAGUAUGAACUUUUGAAAACAUCUCUGAAAGGAGUUAAUUUUAUUAAUUUUGCAUUUGGAAACGUAUUUAAUCAGUGUCCUGGAUUGUUUUGAUAAAAAAAAAGGAUCCUACAAGUCUAAAGUGAAGUUAUUGUUGUAUUUUUAGACGAUAUGUCCUUCUAGUUGCAUCCAAAUAAGGAUCGUAAUAUUUUCAUGUUUAACAAAAUUUUAUUACUGAUAGUUUUAUCAAUUGGCUAAAGGCAAACGAAAGGAAGCGGUGGUUUUAAAUAUAAUCGCGUCUAAAGUUCUUUUGACUUUUAAUUUGCUAUCUAGAUAUCAAUGAAUGUGCUAAGUCCCCUUGUAAGAACGGUGCUACUUGUCAAAAUCUCCCUGGAUGUUACCGAUGCACGUGUAAAUCUGGAUAUACAGACAGGAACUGUCAGACAGGUAAGCUGUCUUGUAAAAUUAAUAUUCAUCUUUUGGCGACAUAGAUGAGGUUCAUUUCUCUUAAUGGAUCAUACUCUAAAAAGCGUCAAGAAAUGUUGUUUCCAUCAUCUUGUAUUGAUUGGACGGUUCUAAUAUGAUAAUCAUGUGAACUUUGACAAAGGACUGUGUGCUCCUUGUAGAAAACUCGGAACAAAGUCUUGAAUAGUCGCUCUAAUAUCGUUGCAACUAGAAAGUCCUCCAUUGCCUUUAUCUGAAAUUAGUUAUUUGGUUUCUCAUUCAAUAUACAGAUAUAGACGAGUGUGCUGAAUCUCUGUGUCAAAACAAUGCCUUGUGUCAAAACCUUCCUGGAAGUUACCGAUGCAAGUGUAAAUCCGGAUACACUGGACGAAACUGUGAAAAAGGUGAGCUUUGUUAGACUUAAAAGUUUCAUUAGGAACAGUAACUUUCAUCUUGCCUUAAUUUGAACUUUUUUAAUCGCUUCAUCACCAAGAUAUCGCCUUUUCUUUGACGCAGCUCGUUACAUUUUCAGUUCGUUGACCUAAAUACCGUUUCAUAAUAUUUAAUUGGGUACCAUAAUUAUUGUUCAUCAACCUUCAUCCCCUAAUAAAUAUUUUUGCGGUUGCCUUAUAUUUAAUUCUAUCGCAAAAAAUAACAAACAAAUAAUCAUAAUUUAUAAGAAGAAAGUUCAAUUCCACUAUUUCUCUCCAUUCUAUCCAUUUAGAAGUAUGAACUUUUGAAAACAUCUCUGAAAGGAGUUAAUUUUAUUAAUUUUGCAUUUGGAAACGUAUUUAAUCAGUGUCCUGGAUUGUUUAAAAAAAAAAAGGAUCCUACAAGUCUAAAGUGAAGUUAUUGUUGUAUUUUUAGACGAUAUGUCCUUCUAGUUGCAUCCAAAUAAGGAUCGUAAUAUUUUCAUGUUUAACAAAAUUUUAUUACUGAUAGUUUUAUCCACUGGCUAAGGGCAAACGAAAGGAAACGAUGGUUUUAAGUAUAAUCGCGUCUAAAGUUCUUUUGACUUUCAAUUUGUUAUCUAGAUAUCAAUGAAUGUGCUAAGUCCCCUUGUAAGAACGGUGCUACUUGUCAAAAUCUCCCUGGAUGUUACCGAUGCACGUGUAAAUCUGGAUAUACAGACAGGAACUGUCAGACAGGUAAGCUGCCUUGUAAAAUUAAUAUUCAUCUUUUGGCGACAUAGAUGAGGUUCAUUUCUCUUAAUGGAUCAUACUCUAAAAAGCGUCAAUAAAUGUUGUUUCCAUCAUCUUGUAUUGAUUGUACGGUUCUAAUAUGAUAAUCAUGUGAACUUUGACAAAGGACUGUGUGCUCCUUGUAGAAAACUCGGAACAAAGUCUUGAAUAGUCGCUCUAAUAUCGUUGCAACUAGAAAGUCCUCCAUUGCCUUAUCUGAAAUUAGUUAUUUGGUUUCUCAUUCAAUAUACAGAUAUAGACGAGUGUGCUGAAUCUCUGUGUCAAAACAAUGCCUUGUGUCAAAACCUUCCUGGAAGUUACCGAUGCAAGUGUAAAUCCGGGUAUACUGGACGAAACUGUGAAAAAGGUGAACUUUGUUAGGCAUAAAAGUUUCAUUAGGAACAGUAACUUUCAUCUUGCCUUCACUUAAUUUUUUUAAAAUCGCUUCAUAACCAAGAUAUCGCCUUUUCUGAGAAGCACCUCGUUGCAUUUUGCAGUUCGUUGACCUAAUUACUGUUUGAUGAUAUUUAAUUGAGUACCAUUAUUUUUGUUCAUGGGCUUCAACCCCUUAAAAACAUUUUUGUGAUUUCCCUAUAUUUACUCCUAUAGCAAAAAAAACAAAUAAAUAAUAAUAACUUAUAAGAAGAAAUGAUUUUAACUCCUUGCAAGGAAAGUUAUAUUAAUUUGUACUUUUUUAUUUAGAUAUUAACGAGUGUGCUGUAUCUCCUUGUAAAAACGGCGCUACAUGUCGAAAUUUGCCCGGGAGUUACCUGUGCAUUUGUAAAGCAGGUUUUACAGGAAGGAACUGCAACACAGGUCAGUUAGCCUGCUCUUUUUUAAUUCCAAUAGCUUUCUACAAUCUACCUAUCCAUUUAGAACUAUGAAACUUUUAGCAGUAUCUCUGGAAGGAGUUAAUUACAUUAUUUUUGCUUUUGUGGACCUGUUUAGUGAGUGUCCUGGAUUAUUUUUUAAAAAAUAUAUAUUCAAUAUAUUAUAAUAUAUAAGAAGAGGUACUUUUUACUUUAUGCAACAAAAGUUGUAUUAAUUUGUACUCUUUUAUUUAGUUGUUAACGAAUGUGCUUGAUCUCCUCGUAAAAACGGCGCUCAAUGUUUUAAUAUUCCCGGGAGUUAUUCGUGCAUUUGUAAAGCAGGUUUUUAUCGUAAGGAAAUGCUUCCACUUCCUUUCUACAAUCUAUCUAUACAUUUAAAUUUAUUAACAACUUCUAGCAGUAUCUCUGGAAGGAGAUAACUUCGUCAAUUUUUCAUUUGAAAACGUAUUUAAUAGGUGUCCUGGAUUGUUUUGAAAAAAAAAAAGUGUGCUACAAGUCUAACGUGAGGUUAUUGUUAAAUUCCUUGACGAUAUGUACUUCUCGUUGCAUCCAGACUAAGAUCAUAAUAUUUACAUGUUACACCACUUUUAUUUAUUUUAUUUCUCCAUUGGAGAAUGCAAACAAAAGGAAAGGCUAGUUUUAAAUACUAUUGCUGUUUAAGUUCUUUUGACUUUUAAUUUGUUAUCUAGAUAUCAAUGAGUGUGCUAAAUCCCCUUGUAAGAACGGUGCUACUUGUCAAAAUCUCCCUGGAUGUUACCGAUGCACGUGUAAAUCUGGUUAUACUGGACGAAACUGUGAAACUGGUGAGCUUUGUUAGGCUUAAAAUUACAUUAGGAACUGUAGCUUUAAUCUUGCCUUCAUUUGAAAAUUUUUAAUCAUUUCAUAACCAAGAUAUCGCCUUUCCUGAGAAGCACUUCGCUGCAUUUUGCAAUUCGUUGACCUAAAUACCGUUUUCGAAUAUUCAACUUAGUAUUAUUAUUAUUUUUAAUUUACGUGUAUUUCGCAAUGUACUCUUUACUGAAUGCCAAAUCACAUUUACAUACUACUAGAAUUGCUACUUUUAACGUCCAUGGUCUAGAUUAAGGGCCCCGUUGAAGACAGUUUUGGCGAGUUCGGAUCCCUCUUAAAAAAUCAUCACUACACAAUGAAUAUCAUUAUAAUUGUAUGCCAACGGAAUUAUUAUUUCCGCUGUCACUUAAUCAUUAUUAUUAUUAUUGUUAUCAUUAUUAUAAGUUAUUUUAAAAAAAAUAGACUAUUUACAGAUUCAAGAAUAUGAAUAUUAAAAUAUAUACCCUAUUGUACAUUCUUCUUGUGUACGAAAGAGAAUUGUCAUAAAAUUACUAUCUAAAGACUACUAAUAACAAUUAUAAAAAGCAUCAAAAAAGUAAUAAAAAAAUAAAAACUAUCUAAAAAUAAUAGUUCAAACUGAUAAAGAGUUACUACUUAAAUUCUGGCUUGCGCACUUUCCGAUGAAAUGUCAAUGUCGGAUAUAUUGGCUGCUCUUCUCUUGCUCCUGGUUCCUCUGAUUAUAAUAUCAUUAUUAUAAGUUAUUAUUAUUGCCAUUAUUAUAAUUGUUAUCAUUAUUAUCCGCGUUGUUACGAACUUAUGAUUUCUUCUUCAGAUAUCGAUGAAUGUGUUGGAUCUCCAUGCAAAAACGGUGCUACUUGUCAAAAUAUUUCCGGAAGUCACAAAUGUAACUGUAAACCCGGAUUUACAGGCAGAGACUGCGAAAAAGGUGAACUUAACCAAAAUGAUUCUUCAUACUUGUUACACAAAUGAUACUUCGCAACCUCAGUAGUAGUAAAGGAGGCUUAUUACCCUCAGUACUACUCUAAACCUUAGGCGAAGCCAUGCAUGUAAAGGUCUGGUAGGGGGCGUGUUCUUCUAAAUUGUCAUUGCCUUAAGGACGGAUUACUAACAAAAUUUAUUAAUGUCUGGGAAAAAUAAAAAAAUUGCAAUUUUUUGCUUCUCUUUAUUAUAUUAAACAAAUGCAUUCUGUGUCCGAGGUUCUCUAUGGUACUAAAUAAAAAGUACGUCUGAAUGUGGUAAUAACAUUAGUGACACACUUAAUAGCUGCACCUUGUUUUGUUGUUGUUGUUUCUCUUUUUAAUUCCAUUACCUUUCUAUAAUCUAUCUAUCCAUUUCGAAUUACGAGUUUUUCGCCAUAUCUCUGAAAGGAGUUCAUUUUAUUAAUUUUGCAUUUGGAAUCGUAAUUAAAAAGUGUACUGGAUUGUUUUGAAAAAGAGUGACAAAAAAGGAUGCUGCAAGUCUAACGUAAAGUAACUAUUGCAUUUCAAAUAAGGAUCAUAAUAUUUUCGUGUUCCACCAGUCUUUUUUUCUGAUAGUCUUAUCCACUGGGGAAUGCAAAGGAAAGGAAAUGUUGAUUUUAAAUAUUAUUGCGGUGUAAGUUAUAUGGAAUUUUUAAUUUGUUAUCUAGAUAUCAAUGAGUGUGCUAAAUCCCCUUGUAAGAACGGUGCUACUUGUCAAAAUCUCCCUGGAUGUUACCGAUGCGCGUGUAAAUCUGGAUAUACUGGACGAAACUGUGAAACUGGUGAGCUUUGUUAGGCUUCAAAUUACAUUAGGAACUGUAGCUUUAAUCUUGCCUUCAUUUGAAAUUUUUUAAUUAUUUCAUUACCAAGAUAUCGCCUUUUCUGAGAAGCACCUCGCUGCAUUUUGCAAUUCGUUGACCUAAAUACCGUUUUCGAAUAUUCAACUGAGUACCAUUAUUAAUUUUAAUUUACGUGUAUUUCGCGAUGUACUCUUUACUGAAUGCCACAUCACAUUUACAUACUACUAGAAUUGCUACUUUUAACGUCCAUGGUCUAGAUUAAGGGCCCCAUUGAAGACAGUUUUGGCGAGUUCGGAUCCCUCUUAAAAAAUCAUCACUACACAAUGAAUAUCAUUAUAAUUGUAUGCCAACGGAAUUAUUAUUCCCGCUGUCACUUAAUCAUUAUUAUUAUUAUUAUUGUUAUCAUUAUUAUAACUUAUUAUUGUUAUUAUUAUUAUUAUUAUUAUUAUCCGCGUUGUUACGAACUUAUGAUUUCUUCUUCAGAUAUCGAUGAAUGUGUUGGAUCUCCUUGCAAAAACGGUGCUACUUGUCAAAAUAUUCCCGGAAGUCACAAAUGUAACUGUAAACCCGGAUUUACAGGCAGAGACUGCGGAAAAGGUGAACUUAACCAAAAUGAUUCUUCAUACUUGUUACACAAAUGAUACUUCGCAACCUCAAUAGUAGUAAAGGAGGCCUACUACCCCCAGUUCUACUCUAAACAUUAGGCGAAGCCAUGAAAGGGUCUGGUAGGGGGCGUGUUCUUCUAAAUUGUCAUUGCCUUAAGGACGGAUUACUAACAAAAUUUAUUAAAGUCAGGAAAUAAUAAAAAAAUUGCAAUGUUUUGCUUCUCUAUUAUAUAAAACAAAUGGAUUCUGUGUCCGAGGUUCUCUAUAGUACUAAAUAAAAAGUACGUCGGAAUGUGGUAAUAACAUUAGUGACACACUUAAUAGCUGCAGCUUGUUAUGUUGUUGUUGUUUCUCACAUUUAGAUGUCAUCCGUGAUUUAUAACCCACGUAUGACAAUGUGAAAUCUAUUUAUUACUUAAAUACAAAACUGAUCUAUAAUUAUGUAUACAGAUGUGGACUAGUGCACAGGUUGUCCUUGUAAAAGCUGUGCUUUAUGUCAAAAUGUUCCCGGUAGUUACCAAUGCAUUUGUAAAUCAGGAUUUGCAGGCAGGAACUGUCAAAGAGGUUUUGUGGACUCGAGAGACUACUUUUUUCAGACAAACUCAACUUUCAUUCUCUUAUAGAUUAAUUUGUGACUCCCCUAUAUUCAGUUUUAUCGUAAAAACAAACAAAAAAUAAAUAAUUAUAAUUUAUAGAAAGACGUAGUUUAAAUUUUAUGCAAGAAAAGUUGUAUUCAUUUGUACUUUCGUAUUUAGAUAUUGACGAAUGUGCUGGAUCUCCCUGUGAAAAUGGCGCUACAUGUCUAAAUAUUCCCGGGAGUUACCUGUGCAGUUGUAAAGCAGGUUUUACAGGAAGGAACUGCAACGCAGGUCAGCUAGCCCGCCCUCUUUUUAAUUCCAUUACCUUUCUAUAAUCUAUCUAUCCAUUUCGAAUUACGAGUUUUUCGCCAUAUCUCUGGAAGGAGUUCAUUUUAUUAAUUUUGCAUUUGGAAUCGUAAUUAAAAAGUGUACUGGAUUGUUUUGAAAAAGAGUGACAAAAAAGGAUGCUGCAAGUCUAACGUAAAGUAACUGUUGAAUUUCAAAUAAGGAUCAUAAUAUCUUCAUGUUCCACCAGUUUUUAUUUCUGAUAGUCUUAUCCACUGGGGAAUGCAAAGGAAAGGAAAUGUUGAUUUUAAAUAUUAUUGCGGUCUAAGUUAUAUUGAAUUUUUAUUUGCUAUCUAGAUAUCAAUGAGUGUGCUAAAUCCCCUUGUAAGAACGGUGCUCCUUGUCAAAAUAUUGCUGGUAGCUACAAGUGCGCGUGUAAACCUGGCUAUACAGACAGGAACUGCGAGACGGGUAAGCUGCCUUGUAAAAUUAAGAAUCAUCUUUGGGUGCCAUAGAUGGGGUUCAUUUCUCUCAUUGGACCAUAUUCUAAAAAGCGCCGUUAAAAGUGGUAUUUUCGUCAUCUCGUACUGAUUGGACCGUUCUAAAAUAAUAUUUAUGUGAGCCCUGAUAAAGUAAUGUGUGUUCCUUGCAGAAAAAUCGAAAAAAAGACUUAAAUGUUUAGUCUGAAAUCUCUGCCACAAGAAAGUCCUUCAUUGUCUUUAUCUAAAAAUUAGUGGUUUCUUAUCUGGUUUCUUAUUCUAUACACAGAUAUAGACGAGUGUGCUGCAUCUCUGUGUCAAAACGGUGCCUUGUGUCAAAAUCUUCCCGGAAGUUACCGAUGCAAUUGUAAAUCCGGAUAUACUGGACGAAACUGUAAAACUGGUGAGCUUUGUUAGGCUCAGAAAUUUCUCUAGGAAAAGUAACUUCCAUCUUCUUUUCAUUUGAAUUUUUUUAAUCAUUUCAUUACCAUAGAUGAUGUCACCAUAAACAAUUUUUUGCUACUCUAUUUUAUAAAACUAAUGGAUCCAGUGUCCGAGGGUCUUUAUAGUAACAAAAAAAAAACCUCCCGAUGUGAUAAUAACAGUAGUGACAUACUUAAUGGCCGAGCCUUGCUUUUGUUGUUGUUGAUGUUGUUUCGCACAUUUAGAUGUCAUCCGUGAUCUAUAACUGACGCACGACAUCAUGGAAUCUAAUUGUUAAUUAAAUAGAGAACUGAUUUUUAAUUAUAUAUACAGAUGUGGACGAGUGCACAGAUUCUCCUUGCAAAAACGGUGCUCUAUGUCAAAAUGUUCCCGGCAGUUACCAGUGCAGCUGUAAAUUAGGAUUUGAAGGCAGAAAUUGUCAAAGAGGUUUGUGGACUCGAGGGACUACCUUUUUGGGACCAACUCAGCUUUCAUAGAUAUAUUUGUGACGUCCUUAUGUUUAAUUCUAUCCCAAAAACUAACAAUAGAAAGAGGCCCAUUAUACUUAAUGCAAAAAAUGUCAUAUUUAUUUGUACUUUCAUAUUAAGAUAUAGACGAAUGUGCUGGAUCUCCUUGUAAACACGGCGCUACGUGUCUAAAUAUUCCUGGAAGUUACCUGUGCAGUUGUAAAGCAGGUUUUACAGGAAGGAACUGCGACACAGGUCAGCUAUCCCACUCUCUUUUUAAUUCCACUACCUUUCUGCAAUCUAUCUAUCCAUUUAGAACUAACAACUUUUUCAGCGAUAUCUCUUGAAGGAGUUAAUUUCAUUAAUUUGUUAACAUAUUUAAUAAGUGUCCUGGAUUGUUUUGGAAUAAUGAUAUAGCUAAACAUAAAGUUACUUUUUAAAUAGGAAACUGAUCUCUAAUUAUAUAUAGAUGUGGACGAGUGCACAGGUUCUCCUUGCAAAAACGGCGCUCUAUGUCAGAAUGUUCCUGGUAGUUACCAAUGCAGUUGUCCAUUAGGAUUUGCAGGAAGAAAUUGUCAAAGAGGUUUGUGGACUCAAGAGACUACCGUUUUUAUGGACUAACUGAAAUUUCAUCCCCUUUUGUACCGUUUUUUGAUUCCCCUAUAUUUCAUUCAGGUACUUUUAAGUUUAUGCAAGAAGUGUUGUAUUAAUUUGUACUUGCAUAUGUAGAUAUUGACGAGUGCGCUGGAUCUCCUUGUAAAAACGGCGCUGCAUGUCGGAAUAUUCCCGGGAGUUAUCUGUGCAGGUGUAAAGCAGGUUUUACAGGAAAGAACUGCGACACAGGUCAGCUAGCCCGCACUCUUUAUUUCCAAUACUUUUCUAUUAUCUAUCUACCCAUUUUGGAAUCAUGAAUAUAAUAUAAAGUGUGCUGGAUUGUUUUAAAAAAAGACAUUAGGAUGAUAAAUUCUAAACAUAAAGUUACUUUUAAAUUUUUAGAAGGUACAUCUUUCUCGUUACAUUUAAGUUAAGUUCAUUCUAUUUUAGUGUUACAUUAGUUUUUGUUUCUGAUAGUCCUAUCCAUAGGAGAAUGCAAACGAAAGGAAAUGGUAGUUUUAAAUGGCAUUGUGGUUUCAGUUAUAUUGACUUUUUAUCUGUUAUCUAGAUAUCAAUGAGUGUGCUAAAUCCCCUUGUAAGAACGGUGCUACUUGUCAAAAUAUUGCCGGAAGCUACCAGUGCGCGUGUAAACCUGGCUAUACAGACAGGAACUGUGAGACAGGUAAGCAACCUUGAAAGAUUAAUAUCGUCUUUUGGCGACAUAGAUAAGGCUUGUUUCUCUCACUGGACCACAUCCAUAUUCUAAAAAAGCGCCGUUAAAAGUUGUAAUUCCGUCAUCUUGUAUUCAUUAGAAGGCUCUAAAAUAAUAACCAUGUGAGCUUCGAUGAAGCACUGUGUGUUCCUUGCAGAAAACUCGGGAAGAAGUCUUGAAUAGUUGAUCUAAAAUUUCUGCUACUAGAAAGUCCUCCAUUGUCUUCAUAUGAAAUUAGUUAUCUGGUGCCUUAUUCUCUAUACAGAUGUAGACGAGUGCGCUGAAUCUCUGUGUCAAAACGAUGCCUUGUGUCAAAAUCUUCCUGGAAGUUACCGAUGCAAGUGUAAAUCCGGAUAUACUGGACGAAAUUGUGAAACAGGUGAGCUUUGUUAGGCUUAAAAGUUUCAUUAGGAACAAUAACUCUUAUCUUGUCUUCAUUUGAAUUUUUUUAAUCAUUUCAUUACCAAGAUAUCGCCUUCCCUGAGAAGCACCUCGUUGCAUUUUCAGUUCGUUGACCUAAAUACUGUUUAAUGAUGUUUAACGGAAUACCAUUAUUAUUGUUCAUCAACUUUCCUCCCCUUAUAGGUGUAUUUGUGAUUUCUCUUUAUUUUAAUUUAUAUAAAAAAAACCACAACAAAUACAAAUUUUAACAUAUAAAAAGAGAUACUUUUAACUUUAUGCAAGAAAAGUUGUAUCAAUUUGUGUUUUCCUAUUUAGAUAUUAACGAAUGUGCUGGAUCUCCUUGUAAAAACGACGCUACAUGUCAAAAUAUUCCCGGGAGUUACCUGUGCAUUUGUAAAGCAGGUUUUACAGGAAAAAACUGCAACACAGGUCAGUGAGCCCGAUCUCCUCUUAAUUCCAAUAUCUUUCUACAAUCUAUCUAUCCAUCUAGAAUAAUGACCUUUUUGCAAUAUCUCCGGAAAGAGUUAAUCUCAUUAAUUUUGCAUUUGGAAACGUUUUGAAUAAGUGUCCUAAAUUGUUUUGAAACAAAAAAAGGAUGUUACAAGUCUAACGUAAGGUAACUGUUGAAUUUCUAGAUAUGUCCUUCUCGUUGCGUCUAAAUCAGGAUCAUAAUAUUUUCAUUUUCCACCAAUCUUUAUUUCUGAUAGGUUAAUCCAUUGGAGAAUGCAAAUGAAAGGAAAUGUUUGUUUAAAUAUUAUGGCGGUUAAAGCUCUUUUGACUUUUAAUUUUUUCAUCUAGAUAUCAAUGAGUGUGCUAAAUCCCCUUGUAAGAACAGUGCUUCCUGUCAAAAUAUUCCUGGAAGUUACCGAUGCAAGUGUAAAUCCGGAUAUACUGGACGAAACUGUCAAACUGGUAAGCUUUGCCAGGCUUAAAAAUUUCUACCCGAACAGUAACUUUCAUCUUGCCUUUAUCUGAAUUUUUUUAUUCAUUCUAUUAGCAAGAUAUCGCUGUUCUUGAGAAGUACUUCGUUGCUUUUUUCACUUCUUUGACCUUAAUACUGUUUAAAAAUACUCACAUGAGCACAUUUAUUAUGUUUCAUUUACGUGAUGUACUCUUUAUUGAAUGCCACAUCGCAUGUACAUACCAUUAAAAUUGUUACUUUUAACAACCAAGGUCUAGAUUGAGGGCCCCGCUGUUAGGUUCCCUCAUAAAAAACAUUAUUAGAAAAUAAACAUUAUUAUAAUUGUAUACCAACGGAAUUAUUAUCCCGCUGUUACUUAAUCAUUAUUAUCACCAUUAUAAUAAUAAUAACUAUUAUUAUUAUUCGCGUUUUUACUAACUUGUGGUUUUGUCUAUAGAUAUCGAUGAAUGUGUAGGAUCUCCCUGCAAAAACGGUGCUACUUGUCAAAAUACUCCCGGAAGUCACAAAUGUAACUGUAAACCCGGAUUUACAGGCAGAGACUGCGGAAAAGGUGAACUUCACCAAAAUGGUCAUUUAUCUUCCACGAGUUAUUUGCUCCAUUUUUUGAGAUUACUCGCCGCACAAAUGAUACUUACCUUGCAAACUCAGCAAUAGGAAAAGGGGCUUACUACUCUCAGCACCACUCUAGGCAUUUAUCGAAGCCAUAAAAUGAUGUGGUAGGAGAGGGGGAGAGCGUGUUCUUCUAAAUUUUGUCAUUGCCUUAAGGACCAAUUAUUUACAAAAUUAAAUGAUGUCUGAAAAUGACAAGAAGAAUUGCAUUUUUUUGCUUCUCUAUUGUAUAAAACAAAUAGAUUGUGUCCAAGGGUCUGUAGAGAAAGAAAUAACAUAAACGUCAAAAUGUGGUAAUAACGGUAGUGACAUACUUAGUGGCCGAGCCUUGUUUUUUUGUUGUUGUUGCUUCUCAUCUUUAAAUGUCAUUCGUGAUCUAUAGCAGAAGAACAGCAUCAUCGAAUCCAUUUGUUAAUUAAAUAGAGAACUGAUCUCUAAUUAUAUAUACAGAUGUGGACGAGUGCACAGGGUCUCCUUGCAAAAACGGUGCUCUAUGUCAAAAUGUUCCCGGCAGUUAUCGAUGCAGUUGUAAAUCAGGAUUUGAAGGCGGAAACUGUGAAAGAGGUUUGUAGACUCGAGAGACUUUCUGACUAACUGAACACCACUCCACUUAUAGAUAUAUUUCUGACUCCCCUGUAUUUAAUUCUAUCACAAAUCAGAAAACAAAUAAAUAAUUAUAUUGUAGAGAAUCAUACAGGAAGAGGUACUUUUUACUUUAUGCAAGAAAUGUUAUAUUAAUUUGCACUUGCAUAUCUAGAUACUGACGAGUGUGCUGGAUAUCCCUGUAAAAACGGCGCUUCAUGUCAAAAUAUUCCCGGGAGUUACCGGUGCUGGUGUAAAGCAGGUUUUACAGGAAGGAACUGCGACACAGGUCAGCUAGCCUGCUCUCUUUAUUUCCAAUACCUUGCUGCUAUCUAUCUACCCAUUUUGGAAUCAUGAACUUUUUGCGAUAUAUUGGGAUACAGUUAAUUUCAUUAAUUUUGUUUUUUUGAACGUAUUUAAUGUGUCCUGGAUUUUUUUAAAAAAAGGGAACAAAAAAGAUGCUACAAGUCUAAACAUAAAGUGAGUUUUUAGACUAUACCUCCUUCUCAGUGCAUCCAAAUUAAGAUCAUAAUAUUUUUUAAUGUUACACAAGUUUUAAUUUCUGAUAGUCUCUAAUGGUAGAGAUGCAAAUCAAAGGAAAUGGUAGUUUUAAAUAUCAUGGCGGUUUAAGUUAUAUUGAAUUUAAAUCUAUUAUCUAGAUAUCAAUGAAUGUGUUAAAGCCCCUUGUAAGAACGGUGCUACCUGCCAAAAUAUUGCUGGAAGCUACCAGUGCGCCUGUAAACCUGGCUAUACAGACAGGAACUGUGAGACAGGUAACCUGCCUUGUAAAAUUAAUAAUCACCGUUUGCGACAGAGAUGAGGUUCAUUUCUCUCAUUAGACCAUAUUCUGUUACUCUAAGAUCGAUGCAACAUGAAAGUCCUCCAUCCGUGAUCUAUAACAGACGCACGAUAUCUUAAAAAUCUAUUUCAUAAUUAAAUAGAAUAGUCCCUCUCGUUGCAUCCAAAUUAAGACCAUAAUAUUUUCGUGUUAUACAAGUUUUUGCUUCUGAUAGUCUUAUCCAUUGGAGGAUGCAAACGAAAGUAAAUGGCCGUUUUAAAUAUAAUUGCGGUUUAAGUUAUACUGAUGCCUACUUUGUUAUCUAGACAUAGAUGAGUGUGCUAAAUCCCCGUGUAAGAACGGUGCUACUUGUCAAAAUAUCGCUGGAAGCUACCAGUGCGUCUGUAAACCUGGCUAUACAGACAGUAACUGUGAGACAGGUAAGCUGCCUUGUAAAUUUAUAUAUCAUCUUUUGGCGACAUAGAUGAGGUACAUUUCUUUUAUCGGACCAUGUUCUAAAACCGCAAUUAAAAGUUGUCUUUACGUCAUCAUGAAUUGAUUGGACGGUUCGUAAAUGAAAAUCAUGUGAACUUCGAUAAAGCGCUGUGUGUUCCUUGUAGAAAACUCGCGAAGAAGUCUUGAAUAGUUCCUCUAGUAUCGUUGCAACUAGAAGGUCCUCCAUUAUCUUUAUCUGAAAUUAGUUAUUGGGUUUCUUAUUUUAUAUACAGAUAUAGACGAGUGCGCUAAGUCUCCGUGUCAAAACAAUGCCUUGUGUCAAAAUCUUCCGGGAGGUUACCGAUGCAACUGUAAAUCUGGACAUACUGGACGAAAUUGUGGAACUGGUGAAUUUUGCCAGGCUUAAAAGUUUCGUUAGGAACAAUAACUUUCAUAUUGCCUUCAUUUGAAUUUCUUUUAAUCAUUUCAUUACCGAGGUAUACAGCGCCUUUUCUGAGAAGCACUUCGUUGCAUUUUGCAGUUCGUUGACUUAAAUACCGUUUAGUAAUAAUUAAUUGGGCACCACUAUUAUUGUUCAUCAACUUUCAUCCCCUCAAAAGACAUUUUUGUGAUUCCCCUAUUUAAUUCUGCCGCAAAAGAUUGCGAAUAAAAUAUAUGACAUAUAAAAAGAGAUACUUUUAACUUUAGGCAAGAAAAGGUAUAAAUAUUUGUACUUUCAUAUUUAGAUAUUGACGAGUGUGCUGGAUCUCCCUGUAAGAACGGCGCUACAUGUCAAAAUAUUCCCGGGAAUUACCUGUGCAGUUGUAAGGCAGGUUUUACAGGAAAGAACUGUAACACAGGUCAGCUACUCUGCUCUCUUUUUAAUUUCAAUACCUUUCUUGCAAACUAUCUAUCCAUUUAGAAUUAUGAGAUUUAUGCAAUUUAGAAUAACAAACUUUUAUAAAUAUCUCCAGAAGGAUUCAAUUUCAUUAAUUUUGCAUUUGAAAACGUGAUUAGCGAGUGUCCUGGAUUGUUUGUAAAAAGAUAUAUAUAAUAUGACAUACAGGAAAAGGUACUUUUUAUUUUAUGCAAGAAAAGUUAUAUUGAUUUGUACUUUUUUCUUUAGAAAUUGACGAAUGUGCUGGAUCUCCUUGUAAAAACGGCGCUAAAUGUUCAAAUAUUCCCGGGAGUUACCUGUGCAUUUGUAAAGCAGGUUUUACUGGGAAAAACUGCGACACCGGUCAGUGAGCCCGAUCUCCUCUUAAUUCCAAUAUCUUUCUACAAUCUAUCUAUCUGUGAACGUUUUGUAUCCCUGAGGGUAUUUUAUUUGAUUGGAAAUGGUGGCUUUAAAUAUUACCGCGGUUAAAGUUCUUUUGACUUUUAAUUUGUUAUUUAGACAUCAACGAGUGUGCAAGAUCUCCCUGUAAGAACAGUGAUAGUUGUCUAAAUAUUCCUGGAAGUUACCGAUGCAAAUGUAAAUCCGGAUAUACUGGACGAAACUGUCAAACUGGUGAGCUUUGUUAGUCUUAAAAAUUUAAUUAGGAACAGUCACUUUCAUCUUGCCUUCAUUUCAAUUAUUUAAUCAUUUCAUUACCAAGAUAUCGCCUUUCCUGAGAAGCACUUCGUUACAUUUUGAAGUUCGCUCACCUAAAUACUGUCUAAGAAUAUUUAAUUGAGUACCAUUAUCAUUCUUCAUUUACGUGCAUUUCCCGAUAUACUCUGAAUACCACAUCACAUUUUCAUACUAUUACAAUUGCUACUUUUAACAACCAAGGUUUAGAUUGAGGGCGCCACAGAAAACAGUUUUGGCAAGUUAAGUUCCCUCAUCAAGUCAUUAUUAGGAAAUAAAUAUCAUUAUAAUUAUAUACCAACGGAAUUAUUAUUCCCGAUGUCACUUAAUCAAUAUUAUUAUUGCUAUUAUAAUUAGCAUUAUUAUCAUUAUCAUUAUUUGCAUUGUUACUCAGUUGUGAUUUCGUCUUUAGAUAUCGAUGAAUGUGUUGGAUCUCCAUGCAAAAACGGAGCAACUUGUCAAAACAUUCCCGGAAGUCACAAAUGUAAUUGUAAACCCGGAUUUACAAGCAAAGACUGCAGAAAAGGUAAACAUCACAAAAAUGGUUCUUUAUUGUUCACGAACUCUUUGCUAUGAACCGCUGUUACUUAGUCAUUAUUAUCACCAUUAUAAUAAUAGUAACUAUUAUUAUUAUUAUUCGCGUUUUUACUAACUUGUGAUUUUGUAUAUAGAUAUCGAUGAAUGUGUUGGAUCUCCCUGCAAAAACGGUGCUACUUGUCAAAAUACUCCCGGAAGUCACAAAUGUAACUGUAAACCCGGAUUUACCGGCAGAGACUGCGGAAAAGGUGAACUUCACCAAAAUGGUUAUUUAUUGUUACGCUACAUGUCUAAAUAUUCCCGGGAGUUACGUGUGCAGAUGUAAAGCAGGUUUUAAAGGAAGGACCUGCAACGCAGGUCAGUUAGCCUGCUCUCUUUUUGAUUCCAAUACCUUUCUACAAUCUAUCUAUUCAUUUAGAAUUACAAACUUUUAUCAGUAUCUCUAAUGGGAGUUAAUUUCAUUAAUUUUGCAUUUGGAAACGCAAGUUUUUCUCUGUUAAAAACCCUCUUGAAGAUUAACUUGAAUCAGAUUACUACGCGGUACUCCGUGCUCGCAACUUCCAUUUCUUCUUUGCUACUUAAGUACGAUGUAUCACAACUCUCGGUAGAGCUUGCUCAAGGAAGGUACACAUCGCUAUCGGUCAUAAUUUCAAGAGUAUUUCAACGCUGAUUGAUACAAAAUUACAUGAGAUGUGAGAGAUUUGUGAGUGUCAACUGAGAGUUUUCAUAGUUUUCUACGUCAUCACCCGCUAAUUCGUUACCAGUCCAUGUGAUAUUUUUAAGACAGAAUAGGGGCACAAAAGGCCCAAAAAAACCGCGUUUUGGGCUUUUCAAAAUUUUUCUUCUACCGGAAUUUAUUUGUACAUGUGAUAGGCUAAAUAUUUAAGCAAAAAAAACCAAUUUUGUGUCAUCUGCAGUUUAAUUCCAAUACCUUUCUACAGUCUAUCUAUCCAUUUAUAAUUAUGAUAUUAUGAUAUUAAUAUCAUUAUGAUAUUAUAUUAUAUUAUUAAUUUAUAUUGAUAUAAUAUUAUCCAUUUAGAACUAUGAUAAUUUAGAAUUAUGAACUAUUUGCAAUAUCACUGGAAGGAUUUGGAAACUUAAUUAAUAAGUGUCCUGGAUUGUUUUAAAAAACGACAAAAGGGAUGAUAAAGUCAAUUUUUCGACGAUACGUCUUUCUCGUCAGAGUCAAAUUAAGAUCAGGAUAUUUUAUUGUUACAUUAGUUUUUAUUUCUGAUAGUCUUAUCCAUCGGAGACUGCAAACGGAAGGAAAUGGUACUUUUAAAUAUCAUUGCAGUUUAAGUUAUACUGAUGCCUACUUUGUUAUCUAGAUAUCAAUGAGUGUGCUAAGUCCCCUUGUAAGAACGGUGCUACUUGUCAAAAUAUUGCUGGAAGCUACCAGUGCGCGUGUAAACUUGGCUAUACAGACAGGAACUGUGAGACAGGUAGGCCGCCUUGGAAGAUUAAAUAUCAUCUUUUGGCAACAUAAAUGAGAUUUACUUUUCUCACUGGACCAUAUUCUAAAGGAGCGCCAUUAAAACUUUUCUUCCGUCAUCUUGUAUUGAUUUCUACAAUCUAUCUGUGAACUUUCCGCAAUAUCUCUGAGGGGAUUUUAUUUCAUUAAUUUUGCAUUUGGAAACGUAUUUAAUAAGCGAAAGGAAAUGGUGGUUUUUAAUAUUGCCGCAGUUAAAGUUCUUUUGACUUUCAAUUUGUUAGUUAGACACCAAUGAGUGUGCAAAUUCCCCUUGUAAGAACGGUGCUAGUUGUCAAAAUAUUCCUGGAAGUUACCGAUGCAAGUGUAAAUCCGGAUAUACUGCACGAAACUGUCAAAUUGGUGAGCUUUCUUAGGCUUAAAAAUUUCAUUAGGAAGAGUAACUUUCAUCUUGCCUUAAUUUCAAUUUUUUUAAUCAUUUCAUUACCAAGAUAUCGCCUUUCCUGAGAAGCACUUCGUUGCAUUUUGCAGUUCGCUCACCUAAAUACUGUCUAAGAAUAUUUAAUUGAGUACCAUUAUCAUUCUUCAUUUACAUGGAUUUCCCGAUAUACUCUGAAUACCACAUCACAUUUUCAUACUAUAAACUUUGAACAAUAUUAGCGCAGUUAAAGUUCUUUUGACUUUUAAUUUGUUAUUUAGACAUCAACGAGUGUGCAAGAUCCCCCUGUGAGAACGGUGCUAGUUGUCUAAAUAUUCCUGGAAGUUACCAAUGCAAGUGUAAAUCUGGAUAUACUGGACGAAACUGUCAAACUGGUGAGCUAUGUGUUAGGCUGAAUAAUUUCAUUAGGUACACAAACUUCCAUCUUGCCUUCAUUUGAAUUUUUUUAGUCAUUUCUUUAUCAUGUAUGAUCAUCAUCAUAAACAGUUUUCUGCUUCUCUUUUUUAUAAAACAACUAGAUUCGGAGUCCGCAGGUCUGUACAGUAACAAAUGAGAAAAACGUCACAAUGUGGUAAUAACAUUAGUGACACACUUUAUAGCUGAACCUUGUCUUUUUAGUUGUUGUUUCUCACAUUUAGAUGUCAUCCGUGAUGUAGAACAGACGCACGACAACAUUGAAUCUAUUUGUUAAUUAAAUAGAGAACUGAUUUUUAAUUAUAUAUACAGAUGUGGACGAGUGCACAGGUUCUCCUUGCAAAAAUGGUGCUCUAUGUCAAAAUGUUCCCGGCAGUUAUCGAUGCAGUUGUAAAUCAGGAUUUGCGGGCAGAAACUGUCAAAGAGGUUUGUGGACUCGAGAGACUACCUUUCACGGACUAACUGAACUUUCAUCCCCUCAUAGGCAUAUUUGUGACUCCCCUAUAUUUAAUUAUAUCGCAAAAACAAACAAAUAAAUAAUUAUAAUCCACAGAAAGAGAUAGUAUUAACUUUGGGCAAGAAAUGUCAUAUUUAUUUGUACUCUCAUAUUUAAAUAUUGACGAAUGUGCUGGAUCUCCUUGUAAAAACGGCGCUAAAUGUGUAAAUAUUCUCGGGAGUUACCGGUGUAGUUGUAAAGCAGGUUUCAUAGGAAGGAACUGCGAGAAAGGUCAGCUAGUCCGCUCUCCUUUUAAUUCCACUACCUUUUUACAAUCAAUCUAUCCAUUUAGAUUAAACGAUUUUUGGUAAUAUUUCUGGAGGAGUUAAUUUCAUCAAUUUGUUAACGUGUUUAAUAAGUAUCAUGAAUUGUUUUGAAAAACAAAAAGGAUGAUAAACUCUAAACAUAAAGUUACUUUUGAAUUUCUAAAUUCAAAUUAAGAUCACAAUAUUUUAAUGUUACACCAGUUUUUAUAUGUGAUAGUCUUAUCUAUUGAAAGAAGCAAACGAAAGGAAAUGGUAGUUCUAAAUAUCAUUGCGGUUUAAGUAAUAUUGACUUUAAAUCUGUUAUCUAGAUAUCGAUGAAUGUGCUAAGUCCCCUUGUAAGAACGGUGCUUCUUGUCAAAAUAUUGCUGGAAGCUACCAAUGCGCGUGUAAACCUGGCUACAUAGACAGGAACUGUGAGACAGGUAAGGUGCCCCGAAAGAUUAAAUAUCAUCUUUUGGUGACAUAGAUGAGGUUCAUUUCCAUAUUCUAAAAAAGCGCCAUUAGAAGUUGUGCUUCUGUCAUCUUGGACGGACGGUUCUAAAAUAAUAAUCAUGUGAACUUCGAUAAAGCACUGUAUGUUCCUUGUAGAAAUCUUGGAAAAAAGUCUUGAAUAGUUGCUCUAAAAUCUAUACAACUAGAAAGUCCUCCAUUGUCCUUAUUAAAUAUUAGAUAUCUGGUUUCUUAUUCCGUAUACAGAUAAAGAUGAGUGCGCUAAAUCUCCGUGUCAAAACGAUGCCUUGUGUCAAAACCUUCCUGGAAGUUACCGAUGCAAAUGUAAAUCCGGAUAUAUUGGACGAAACUGCGAAAGUGGUGAGCUUUGUCAGACUUACAAGUUUCAUUAGGAACAACAACUUUUAUCUUGCCUUUAUUUUUUUUUUUUUAAUCAUUUCAUUACCAAGAUAUCGCCUUUCCUUAGAAGUACCUCAAUGGAGUACCAUUAUCAUUGUUUAUUUACGUAUAUUUUGCGAUGUACUCUUUACUGAAUACCACAUCACAUUUACAUACUAUUAAAAUUCAUUAAUAAUCACUAUUAGAAAAUAAAUUUCAUUAUAAUUGUAUACCAAUUCCCGCAAUCACUUAAUGAUUAUUAUUAUUAUUAUUAUUAUCAUUAUCAUUAUGAUUAUUAUUAUUAUUAUUAUUAUUAUUACUGACCUUGUUACUUACUUGUGAUUUGUCUUUAGAUAUCGAUGAAUGUGUUGGAUCUCCAUGCAAAAACGGUGCUACUUGUCAAAAUAUUCCCGGAAGUCACAAAUGCAACUGUAAACCCGGAUUUACAGGCAGAGACUGCGGAAAAGGUGAACUUCACCCAAAUGGAUAUUUAUUGAUUUUAGAUAUAUGAAAAUUCAAUUGGUAGAGCGCUGCACCAGCAUCGCAGAGGUCAUGGGUUCAAAUCCCGUACGGGCCUGAAUUUUUUUCAGGUCCUAUUUACAACUACUCGUUUCAGUAGUGUUCUUAGCUGCGAGGAUCUCUUAAUUUCAUCUUCAUGGUUAUUUGUUGUUACGCUAAAUGUCAAAAUAUUCCCGGGAGUCAUUUGUGCAGUUGUAAAGCAGGUUUUACAGGAAAGAACUGCGACGCAGGUCAGCUAACCCGCUCUCUUUUUGAAGUGCCUAUGACACGAAAUUUUUUUCGCAUUUUAUGGUUGACAGCGGUAUUUAAAAUUAGAAAUAAUUGACCUUUCUAAUUCCACCAUCUUUCUAUUUAGAAUGCUUAACUAUUUGCAAUAUCACUGGAAGGAGUUAAUUUCAUUAAUUCUGCCUUUAAACCGUAUUUAAUAGGUGUUCUGAAUUGUUUUAAAAAAAAAGAGAAACAAAAAGGAUGUCACGAGUCUAACGGGAGUAAAUGUUGAAUUUCAAGACGAUAUGUCUUUCCCCUUGCAUCCAAAUAAGGAUCAUAGCCAGUUUUUAUUUCUAAUAGUCUUAUCCAUUGGAGAAAGCAAACGGAACGGGAAGGAAAUGUUAGUUUUAAAUAUCAUUGCGGUUGAAGUUACAUUGAUACUCAUAAAUUUAAUAUCUAGAUAUCAAUGAGUGUGCUAAAUCCCCUUGUAAGAACGGUGCAACUUGUCAAAAUACUGCUGGAAGCUACCAAUGCGCGUGUCAACGUGGCUAUGCAGACAGGAACUGUGAGACAGGUAAGCUGCCUUGUAAAAUUAAAAAUCGUCGUUUGGUACCAUAGAUGGGGUUCAUUUCUCUCACUGGAUCAUAUUCUAAGAAAGCGCAAUUAAAAGUUGUGUUUCUGUCACCUUGUAUUGAUUAAACGGUUCUAAAAUGAUAAAUAUGUGAGCCCUGAAAAAGCACUGUGUGUUCCCUGUACGAAAAUCGAUAAGAAGACUUGAAUUGUUGUCUAAAAUCUCUGCAACUAGAAAGUCCUCCGUUGUCUUUAUCUCAAAUUAGUGGUUUCUUUUCUUGUUUUUUAUUCUAUAUACAGAUAUAGACGAGUGUGCUGCAUCUCCGUGUCAAAACGAUGCCUUGUGUCAAAAUCUUCCAGGAAGUUACCGAUGCAAGUGUAAAUCCGGAUAUACUGGACGAAAUUGUCAAAUUGGUGAGCUGAUUAGGCCUAGAAAUUCCAUUAACAACAGUAAUAUUCAUCUCUCCUUUAUUUGAAUUUUUCUAAUCAUUUCAUUACCAAGAUAUCGUCUUUCCUGAGAAAGUUUCAUUUUACAGUUCGUUGCUUUAAAUUCCGUUUAAUAAUAUUUAAUUGAGUACAAUUAUUAUUGUUCAUCAAUUUUCAUCCCCUUGUAGAUAUCUUUGUGAUUUCCCCGUACUUAAUUCUACCGCAUAAAAAUAACAGAUAAAUAAUUAUAACAUAUAAAAAGAGAUACUUUAAACUUUAAGCAAGAAAAGUUAGAUUAAUUUAUCCCUUUUUAUUUAGAUAUUAACGAGUGUGCUGGCUCUCCGUGUAAAGACGGUGCUACAUGUCUUAAUAUUCCCGGGAGUUACAUCUGCAGAUGUAAAGCAGGUUUUACAGGAAGGAACUGCAACGCAGGUCAGCUAGCAUGCUCUCUUUUUAAUUCCAAUACCUUUCUACAAUCUAUCUAUUCAUUUAGAAUUACAAACUUUUAUCAGUAUCUCUGGAGAGAGUUAAUUUCAUUAAUUUUGCAUUUGGAAACGUAAUAAGUAAGUGUCCUGGAUUGUUUUUAAAAUAUAUAUAUAGAGAACAUAUCAAAAUAAAUGGCAAGAGGUACUUUUUACUUCAUGCAAGAAUAGUUAUAUUAAUUUUUACUAUUUUCUUUAGAUAUUGAUGAAUGUGCUGGAUCUCCUUGUAAAAACGGCGCUAAAUGUUCUAAUAUUCCAGGGAGUUACCUGUGCAGUUGUAAAGCAGGUUUUACAGGAAAGAACUGCGACGCAGGUCAGCUAACCCGCUCUCUUUUUAAAGUGCCUAUGACACGAAAUUUUUUUUGUAUUUUCUGGUUGACAGCGGUAUUUAAAAUUAGAAAUAAUUGACCUUCGCGCCUGGCGAGUUCUCCUUGUCCAUUUUUUUCUACGUUGAAAGUACGAUUUGGCGGCCAAAAAGUGUCCCCAUAAAGCGCUUUAAAAAAAAUUUAAAGCAUGAUUUACAGGAAGAAAAUGCAACUCGGGUAAGCUAGCCCGCUCUGUUUUUAAUUUCAACACCUUUCUACAAUCUGUCUAUCCAUUUAGAAUUAUGAACUUUCUGCAAUUUAGAAUUACAAACUUUUAUCGGUAUCUCCAGAAGGAUUCAAUUUCAUUAAUUUUCAUUUGAAAACGUGAUUAAUGAGUGUCCUGGAUUGAUUUUAAAAAAAUAAUUAUACCUAAUAUGAUAUAUAGGAAGAGGUACUUUUCACUUUAUGCAAGAAGAGUUAAAUUAAUUUAUACUUUUUUCUUUAGAUGUUGACGAAUGUGCUGGAUCUCCUUGUAAAAACGGCGCUAAAUGUUCUAAUAUUCCCGGGAGUUACCUGUGCAGUUGUAAAGCAGGUUUUACAGGGAAGAAGUGCGACACAGGUUAGCUAGCUCGCUCUCUUUUCAAUUCCAACACCUUUCUACAAUCUAUCUAUCUGUGAGCUUUUCGCAAUAUCUCUGAGGGGAUUUUAUUUCUUCAAUUUUGCAUUUGGAAACGUAAUAUAUAAUAAGCGAAAGGAAAUGGUGGUUUUAUAUAUUACCGCAGUUAAAGUUCUUAAUUUGUUAUUUAGACAUCGAUGAGUGUGUAAAAUUCCCUUGUAAGAACGGUGCUAGUUGUCAAAAUCUUCCUGGAUGUUACCGAUGCAAGUGUAAAUCCGGAUAUACUGGACGAAACUGUCAAACUGGUGGGCUUUCUUAGGCUUAAAAAUUUCAUCAGGAACAGCAACUUUCAUCUUUCCUUCAUUUCAAUUUUUUAAUCAUUUCAUUGCCAAGAUAUCGCCUUUCCUGAGAAGCACUUCGUUGCAUUUUGCAGUUCUUUCACCUAAAUACUGUCGAAGAAUAUUUAAUUGAGUACCAUUAUCAUUCUUCAUUUACGUGCAUUUCCCGAUAUACUCUUUACUGAAUACCACAUCACAUUUUCAUAUUAUGAGAAUUGUUACUUUUAAAUACCAAGGUCUAGAUUGAGGGCCCCACUGAAAACAGUUUUGGCAAGUUAAGUUCCCUCAUCAAGUCAUUAUUAGAAAAUAAAUAUCAUUAUAAUUAUAUACCAACGGAAUUAUUAUUCCCGAUGUCACUUAUUCAUUAUUAUUGUUACUAUUAUAAUUAGUAUUGUUAUCAUUAUCAUUAUUUGCAUUGUUACUCAGUUGUGAUUUCGUCUUUAGAUAUCGAUGAAUGUGUUGGAUCUCCAUGCAAAAACGGUGCAACUUGUCAAAACAUUCCCGGAAGUCACAAAUGUAAUUGUAAAUCCGGAUUUACAAGCAAAGACUGCGGAAAAGGUGAACAUCACAAAAAUGGUUCUUUAUUGUUCACGAACUAUUUGUUAAGAACUUUAAGCAGUAUCUCUCGUAGGGGUGAAUUUCAUUAGUUUUAGAGUUUUGAAGACUUAUUUAUUAAGUGUCCUGGAUGGCUUUUAAAUAUAAAUAAUUUAUUAUAAUAUCUAAGAAGAGGUACUUUUUACUCCAUAAAAAAAUAGUUAUAUUUAUUUAUACUUUUUUAUCUAGAUAUUGACGAAUGUGCUGGAUGUCCUUGUAAAAACGGCGCUAAAUGUUCUAAUAUUCCCGGGAGUAACCUGUGCAGAUGUAAAGCAGGUUUUACAGGAAGGAAAUGCGACAUAGGUUAGCUAACCUGCUCUCUUUUUCAUUCCACUACCUUUGCAAUAUAUCUGGCAGGAGUUAAUCUCAUUAGUUUUUCAAUCGGAAACGUAUUUAGAAAGUGCCCUGGAUUGUUUUGAAACCAAAGAAGGAUGAAACAAGUCUAACGUGAAGUUAUUGCUGAAUUCCUACACGAUAUGUCCUUCUCGUUGCAUCCAAAUUAAGAUCGUAAUAUUUUCAUGUUACACCAGUUUUUAUUUCUGAUAGUCAUAUAUAUUUAAAAAGCAAACGAAAGGAAAUUGUGGUUAGCACAAUUAAAGUUUUUUUGACUUUUAAUUUGUUAUCUAGAUAUCAAUGAGUGUUCUUGUAAGAACGGUGCUACUUGUCAAAAUAUUCCUGGAAGUUACCGAUGCACGUGUAAAUCUGGAUAUACUGGACGAAACUGUCAAACUGGUGAGCUAUGUGUUAGGCUGAAAAAUUUCAUUAAGUACAGAAACUUUCAUCUUCCCUUCAUUUGAAUAUUGUUAGUCAUUUCUUUAUCAUGUAUGAGCAUCAUCAUAUACAAUUUUCUGCUUCUCUAUUUUAUAAAACGACUAGAUUCGGUGCCCGCAAGUCUGUACAGUAACAAAUGACAAAAACGUUUCAAUGUGGUAAUAACAUUAGUGGCACACAUUAUAGCUGAACCUUGGUUUUUUUAGUUGUUGUUGUUUCUUACAUUUAGAUGUCAUCCGUGAUCUAGAACAGACGCACGACAACAUUGAAUCUAUUUGUUAAUUAAAUAGAGAACUGAUUUUUAAUUAUAUAUACAGAUGUGGACGAGUGCACAGGUUCUCCAUGUAAAAACGGUGCUCUAUGUCAAAAUGUUGCCGGCAGUUAUCGAUGCAGUUGUAAAUCAGGAUUUGCGGGCAGAAACUGUCAAAGAGGUUUGUGGACUCGAGAGACUACCUUUCUCGGACUAACUGAACUUUCAUCGCCUCAUAGGCAUAUUUGUGACUCCCCUAUAUUUAAUUAUAUCGCAAAAACAAACAAAAAAAUAAUUAUAAUCUACAGAAAGAGGUAGUGUACUUUAGGCACGAAAUGUCAUAUUUAUUUGUACUUUCAUAUUCAGAUAUUGACGAAUGUGCUGGAUCUCCUUGUAAAAACGGCGCUAAAUGUGUAAAUAUUCUCGGGAGUUACCUGUGUAGUUGUAAAGCAGGUUUUACAGGAAGGAACUGCGACACAGGUCAGCUAGUCCGCUCUCUUUCUAAUUCCACUAUCUUUCUACAAUCUAUCUAUCCAUUUAGAAUUAAACGAUUUUUGGUAAUAUUUCUGGAGGAGUUUAUUUCAUCAAUUAGUUAACGUAUAAAGUUACUUUUGAAUUUCUAGACGUUACGUCCUUCUCGUUAAAUUCAAAUUAAGAUCACAGUAUUUAAAUGUUACACCAGUUUUUAUAUGUGAUAGUCUUAUCUAUUGAAAGAUGCAAACGAAAGUAAAUGGUAGUUCUAAAUAUCAUUGCGCUUUAAGUAAUAUUGACUUUAAAUCUGUUAUCUAGAUAUCAAUGAAUGUGCUAAGUCCCCUUGUAAGAACGGUGCUACUUGUCAAAAUAUUGCUGGAAGCUACCAAUGCACGUGUAAACCUGGCUACAUAGACAGGAACUGUGAGACAGGUAAGAUGCCCCGAAAGAUUAAAUAUUAUCCUUUGGCGACAUAAAUGAGCUUCAUUUCUCUCUAACAAAAGCGCCAUUAAAAGUUGUACUUCUGUCAUCUUGGACGGACGGUUCUAAAAUAACAAUCGUGAACUUCGAUAAGGCACUGUGUGUUCCUCGUAGAAACCUCGGAAAAAAGUCUUGAAUAGUUACUCUAAAAUCUCUGCAACUAGAAAGUCCCUCCAUUGUCCUUAUCUAAAAUUAGACAUGUGGUUUCUUAUUCCAUAUACAGAUAUAGAUGAGUGCGCUAAAUCUCCGUGUCAAAACGAUGCUUUGUGUCAAAAUCUUCCUGGAAGUUACCGAUGCAAGUGUAAAUCCGGAUUUAUUGGACGAAACUGCGAAAGUGGUGAGAUUUGUCAGGCUUAAAAGUCUCAUUAGGAACAAUAACUUUCAUCUUGCCUUCAUUUGAAGUUUUUUUAAUCAUUUCAUUACCAAGAUAUCGCCUUUCCUGAGAAGCACCUCAACGGAGUACCAUUAUCAUUGUUUAUGAUAUUAUAUUGAUAGUUUAUUUGGCGAUGUACUCUUUACUGAAUACCACAUCACAUUUACAUACUAUUAAAAUAGAUGAAAACUCAUUAUUAGAAAAUAAAUAUCAUUAUAAUUAUAUACCAACGGAAUUAUUAUUCCCGCAAUCACUUAAUGAUCAUUAUUGUUAUCAUCAUUAUUAUUAUCAUUAUCAUUAUAAUUAUUGUUAUCAUUACUGACGUUGUUACUUGUGAUUUGUCUUUAGAUAUCGAUGAAUGUGUUGGAUCUCCAUGCAAAAACGGUGCUACUUGUCAAAAUGUUCCCGGAAGUCACAAAUGUAAUUGUAAACCCGGAUUUACAGGCAGAGACUGCGGAAAAGGUGAACUUCAUCAAAAUGGUUAUUUAUUGUUACGCUACAUGUCAAAAUAUUCCCGGGAGUUAUUUGUGCAGUUGUAAAGCAGGUUUAACAGGAAGGAACUGCGACACAGGUCAGCUAGCCCGCUCUCUUUCUUAUUCCACCAUCUUUCUAUUUAGAAUUCUGAACUAUUUGCAAUAUCACUGGAAGGGGUUAAUUUCAUUAAUUCUGCCUUUGGAACCGUAUUUAAUAGGUUUUCUGGAUUGUUUUGAAAGAAAAGAAACAAAAAGGAUGCCACAAGUCUAAUGUGAAGUAACUGUUGAAUUUCAAGAAGAUAUGUCUUUCCCCUUGCAUCCAAAUAAGGAUCAUAACCGGUUUUUAUUUCUAAUAGUCUUAUCCAGUGGAGAAAGCAAACGGAACGGGAAGGAAAUGUUAGUUUUAAAUAUCAUUGCGGUUGAAGUUACAUUGAUACAAAUAAAUUUAAUAUCUAGAUAUCAAUGAGUGUGCUAAAUCCCCUUGUAAGAACGGUGCAACUUGUCAAAAUACUGCUGGAAGCUACCAAUGCGCGUGUAAACCUGGCUAUGCAGACAGGAACUGUGAGACAGGUAAGCUGCCUUGUAAAAUUAAAAAUCAUCGUUUGGUGCCAUAGAUGGGGUUCAUUUCUCUCACUGGAUCAUAUUCAAAAAAAGCGCAAUUAAAAGUUGUGUUUUUGUCAUCUUGUAUUGAUUAAACGAUUCUAAAAUGAUAAAUAUGUGAGCCCUGAUAAAGCACUGUGUGUCCCUUGUACGAAAAUCGAUAAGAAUGAGGACUUGAAUUGUUGUCUAAAAUCUCUGCAACUAGAAAGUCCUCCGCUGUCUUUAUCUAAAAUUGGUGGUUUCUUAUCUGGUUUCUUAUGCCAUAUACAGAUAUAGACGAGUGUGCUGCAUCUCCGUGUCAAAACGAUGCCUUGUGUCAAAAUCUUCCAGGAAGUUACCGAUGCAAGUGUAAAUCUGGAUAUACUGGACGAAAUUGUGAAAUUGGUGAGCUUUGUUAAGCUUAGAAAUUCCAUUGGGAACAGUAAUUUUCAUCUCUCCUUCAUUUGAAUUUUUUUAAUCAUUUCAUUACCAAGAUAUCGUCUUUCCUGAGAAGCGCUUCGUUUCAUUUUGUAGUUCGUUGCCUGAAAUUCCGUUUAAUAAUAUCAAUUGAGUACAAUUAUUAUUGUUCAUCAAUUUUCAUCCCCUUCUAGAUAUCUUUGUGAUUUCCCUGUACUUAAUUCUACCGCAAAAAAAUAACAGAUAAAUAAUUGCAACAUAUAAAAGAGAUAAACUUUAAGUAAGAAAGGUUAGAUUACUUUAACCUUUUUUAUUUAGAUAUUAACGAGUGUGCCGAAUCUCCGUGUAAAAACGGUGCUACAUGUUUUAAUAUUCCCGGGAGAUACCUCUGCAAAUGUAAAGCAGGUUUCACAGGAUGGAACUGCAACGCAGGUCCAUAGCCUGCACUCUUUUUAAUUCCAACACCUUUCUAUAAUCUAUCUAUUCAUUUAGAAUUACAAACUUUUAUCAGUAUCUCUGGUGGGAGUUAAUUUCAUUAAUUUCGCAUUUGGAAACGUAAUUAGUAAGUGUCUUGGAUUUUUUAAAAAUUAUAUAUAUAUAGAACAUAUCAAAAAAAAAUGGGAAGAGGCACUUUUUACUUCACGCAAGAAAAGUUAUAUUAAUUUGCACUUUUUUCUUUAGAUAUUGACGAAUGUGCUGGAUCUCCUUGUAAAAACGGCGCUAAAUGUUCUAAUAUUCCUGGGAGUUACCUGUGCAGUUGUAAAGCAGGUUUUACAGGAAAGAACUGCGACACAGGUUAGCUAGCUCGCUCUCUUUUCAGUUCUGCAACUUCGACUUUGAACUUUCUGCAAUUUAGAAUUACAAACUUUUACCAGUAUAUCCAGAAGGAUUCAAUUUCAUUAAUUUUGCAUUUGAAAACGUGAUUAAUGAGUGACCUGGAUUAUUUUUAAAAAAAUAAUUAUACCUAAUAUAAUAUAUAGGAAGAGGUACUUUUCACUUUAUGCAAGAAUAGUUAUAUUAAUUUAUACUUUUUUCUUUAGAUGUUGACGAAUGUGCUGGAUCUCCUUGUAAAAACGGCGCUAAAUGUUCUAAUAUUCCCGGGAGUUACCUGUGCAGUUGUAAAGCAGGUUUUACAGGGAAGAAGUGCGACACAGGUUAGCUAGCUCGCUCUCUUUUCAAUUCCAACACCUUUCUACAAUCUAUCUAUCUGUGAGCUUUUCGCAAUAUCUCUGAGGGGAUUUUAUUUCUUCAAUUUUGCAUUUGGAAACGUAAUAUAUAAUAAGCGAAAGGAAAUGGUGGUUUUAUAUAUUACCGCAGUUAAAGUUCUUAAUUUGUUAUUUAGACAUCGAUGAGUGUGUAAAAUUCCCUUGUAAGAACGGUGCUAGUUGACAAAAUCUUCCUGGAUGUUACCGAUCCAAGUGUAAAUCCGGAUAUACUGGACGAAACUGUCAAACUGGUGGGCUUUCUUAGGCUUAAAAAUUUCAUCAGGAACAGUCACUUUCAUCUUGCCUUCAUUUCAAUUUUUUAAUCAUUUCAUUGUCAAGAUAUCGCCUUUCCUGGGAACCACUUCGUUACAUUUUGCAGUUCUUUCACCUAAAUACUGUCUAAGAAUAUUUAAUUGAGUACCAUUAUCAUUCUUCAUUUACGUACAUUUCCCGAUAUACUCUUUACUGAAUACCACAUCAAAUUUUCAUAUUAUGAGAAUUGUUACUUUUAACUACCAAGGUCUAGAUUGAGGGCCCCACUGAAAACAGUUUUGGCAAGUUAAGUUCCCUCAUCAAGUCAUUAUUAGGAAAUAAAUAUCAUUAUAAUUAUAUACCAACGGAAUUAUUAUUCCCGAUGUCACUUAUUCAUUAUUAUUGUUACUAUUAUAAUUAGUAUUAUUAUCAUUAUCAUUAUUUGCAUUGUUACUCAGUUGUGAUUUCGUCUUUAGACAUCGAUGAAUGUGUUGGAUCUCCAUGCAAAAACGGUGCAACUUGUCAAAAUAUUCCCGGAAGUCACAAAUGUAACUGUAAACCCGGAUUUACAGGCAAAGACUGCGGAAGAGGUGAACAUCACAAAAAUGGUUCUUUAUUGUUCACGAACUAUUUGUUAAGAACUUUAAGCAGUAUCUCUCGUAGGGGUGAAUUUCAUUAGUUUUAGAGUUUUGAAGACUUAUUUAUUAAGUGUCCUGGAUGGCUUUUAAAAUAUAUAUAUAAUAUAUUAUAAUAUCUAAGAAGAGGUACUUUUUACUCUAUGAAAGAAUAGUUAUAUUUAUUUAUACUUUUUUAUCUAGAUAUUGACGAAUGUGCUGGAUGUCCUUGUAAAAACGGCCCUAAAUGUUCUAAUAUUCCCGGGAGUAACCUGUGCAGAUGUAAAGGAGGUUCUACAGGAAGGAAAUGCGACAUAGGUCAGCUAGCCUGCUCUCUUUUUCAUUCCAAUACCUUUGCAAUAUCUCUGGCAGGAGUUAAUCUCAUUAAUUUUUCAUCCGGAAACGUAUUUAGAAAGUGUCCUGGAUUGUUUUGAAACCAAAGAAGGAUGAAACAAGUCUAACGUGAAGUUAUUGCUGAAUUCCUACACGAUAUGUCCUUCUCGUUGCAUCCAAAUUAAGAUCGUAAUAUUUUCAUGUUACACCAGUUUUUAUUUCUGAUAGUCUUAUAUAUUUAAAAAGCAAACGAAAAGAAAUUGUGGUUAGCACAAUUAAAGUUCUUUUGACUUUUAAUUUGUUAUCUAGAUAUCAAUGAGUGUUCUUGUAAGAACGGUGCUACUUGUCAAAAUAUUCCUGGAAGUUACCGAUGCAAGUGUAAAUCUGGAUAUACUGGACGAAACUGUCAAACUGGUGAGCUAUGUGUUAGGCUGAAAAAUUUCAUUAAGUACAGAAACUUUCAUCUUGCCUUCAUUUGAAUAUUGUUCGUCAUUUCUUUAUCAUGUAUGAGCAUCAUCAUAAACAAUUUUCUGCUUCUCUAUUUUAUAAAACAACUAGAUUCGGUGCCCGCAAGUCUGUACAGUAACAAAUGACAAAACGUUUCAAUGUGGUAAUAACAUUAGUGACACACAUUAUAGCUGAACCUUGGUUUUUUCAGUUGUUGUUGUUUCUUACAUUUAUCGUCCGUGGUACAUCAUACAUUUGUCAUCCGUGAUCUAGAACAGACGCACGGCAACAUUGAAUCUAUUUGUUAAUUAAAUAGAGAACUGAUUUUUAAUUAUAUAUACAGAUGUGGACGAAUGCACAGGUACUCCUUGCAAAAACGGUGCUCUAUGUCAAAAUGUUCCCGGCAGUUAUCGAUGCAGUUGUAAAUCAGGAUUUGCAGGCAGAAACUGUCAAAGAGGUUUGUGGACUCGAGAGACUACCUUUCUCGGACUAACUGAACUUUCGUCCCCUCAUAGGCAUAUUUGUGACUCCCCUAUAUUUAAUUAUAUCGCAAAAACAAACAAAUAAAUAACUAUAAUCUACAGAAAAAGGAAGUGCUAACUUUAGGCAAGAAAUGUCAUAUUUAUUUGUACUUUCAUAUUCAGAUAUUGACGAAUGUGCUGGAUCUCCUUGUAAAAACGGCGCUAAAUGUGUAAAUAUAUUCGGGAGUUACCUGUGUAGUUGUAAAGCAGGUUUUACAGGAAGGAACUGCGACACAGGUCAGCUAGUCCGCUCUCUUUCUAAUUCCACUAUCUUUCUACAAUCUAUCUAUCCAUUUAGAAUUAAACGAUUUUUUGUAAUAUUUCUGGAGGAGUUAAUUUCAUCAAUUUUUUAACGUAUUUCAUAAGUGUCCUGAAUUGUUUGGAAAAAAAAAAGGAUGAUGAAGUCUAAACAUUAAGUUACUUUUAAAUUUCUAGACGUUACGUCCCUCUCGUUAAAUUCAAAUUAACAUCACAAUAUUUUAAUGUUACACCAGUUUUUAUAUGUGAUAGUCUUAUCUAUUGAAAGAUGCAAACGAAAGGAAAUGGCAGUUCUAAAUAUCAUUGCGCUUUAAGUAAUACUGACUUUAAAUCUGUUAUCUAGAUAUCAAUGAAUGUGCUAAGUCCCCUUGUAAGAACGGUGCUACUUGUCAAAAUAUUGCUGGAAGCUACCAAUGCACGUGUAAACCUGGCUACAUAGACAGGAACUGUGAGACAGGUAAGGUGCCCCGAAAGAUUAAAUAUUAUCCUUCGGCGACAUAAAUGAGGUUCAUUUCUCUCGCUGAACCAUAUUCUAACAAAAGCGCCAUUAAAAGUUGUACUUCUGUCAUCUUGGACGGACGGUUCUAAAAUAACAAUCGUGAACUUCGAUAAGGCACUGUAUGUUCCUCGUAGAAACCUCGGUCUUGAAUAGUUGCUCUAAAAUCUCUGCAACUAGAAAGUCCUCCAUUGUCCUUAUUUAAAAUUAGAUAUGUGGUUUCUUAUUCCAUAUACAGAUAUAGAUGAGUGCGCUAAAUCUCCGUGUCGAAAUGAUGCCUUGUGUCAAAAUCUUCCUGGAAGUUACCGAUGCAAGUGUAAAUCCGGAUUUAUUGGACGAAACUGCGAAAGUGGUGAGCUUUGUCAGGCUUAAAAGUCUCAUUAGGAACAACAACUUUCAUCUUGCCUUCAUUUGAAGCUUUUUUAAUCAUUUCAUUACCAAGAUAUCGCCUUUCCUGAGAAGCACCUCAACGGAGUACCAUUAUCAUUGUUUAUUUACGUGUAUUUUGCGAUGUACUCUUUACUUAAUACCAUAUCACAUUUACGUGCUAUUAAAACUAAUUAAAAUCAUUAUUAGAAAAUAAAUAUCAUUAUAAUUAAAAACCAACGGAAUUAUUAUUCCCGCAAUCACUUAAUGAUCAUUAUUAUUAUCAUUAUCAUUAUUAUUAUCAUUAUCAUUAUUAUUAUUGUUAUCAUUAUUGACGUUGUUACUUGUGAUUUGUCUUUAGAUAUCGAUGAAUGUGUUGGAUCUCCAUGCAAAAACGGUGCUACUUGUCAAAAUAUUCCCGGAAGUCACAAAUGUAAUUGUAAACCCGGAUUUACAGGGAGAGACUGCGGAAAAGGUGAACUUCACCAAAACGGUUAUUUAUUGUUAUGCUACAUGUCAAAAUAUUCCCGAGAGUUAUUUGUGCAGUUGUAAAGCAGGUUUUACAGGAAGGAACUGCGACACAGGUCAGCUAGCCUGCUCUCUUUCUAAUUCCACUAUCUUUCUACAAUCUUUCUAUUUAGAAUUCUGAACUAUUUGCAAUAUCACUGGAAGGAGUUAAUUUCAAUAAUUCUGCAUUUGGAACCGUAUUUAAUAAGUGUUCUGGAUUGUUUUGAAAAAAAAAUGCAAUAAGGAUACUACAAGUCUAACGUGAAGUAACUGUUGGAUUUCAAGACGAUAUGUCUUUCUCCGUGCAUCCAAACAAGGAUCAUGACCAGUUUUUAUUUCUGAUAGUCUUAUCCAGUGGAGAAUGAAAACGGAAGGAAAAGUUGGUUUUAAAUAUCAUUGCGGUUGAGGUUAUAUUGACUUUAAAUUUGCUAUCUAGAUAUCAAUGAGUGUGCUAAAUUUCCUUGUAAGAACGGUGCAACUUGUCAAAAUACUGCUGGAAGCUACCAAUGCGCGUGUAAACCUGGCUAUGCAGACAGGAACUGUGAGACAGGU